AUGUGUAUAGUCUUCAUCGCAACGACACAUCCAAAAUACCGCCUCAUCCUGAUUGACAAUCGUGAUGAGUUCGUUCUGCGGCCUACAUCCCGCCCUUACUGGUGGAAGUGCGCCGACCCUCUACGCGAGGGCCAUACAGUUGAUGUCCUGUCUGCGCGCGACUUGCAGCGUCCCGAGCGCGGCACCUGGCUGGGCAUCACACGCAGCGGGCUCGUGGCCGUCUUGACCAACUUCCGCGAGAUCGCCUCUGCCGAUCAACCGGGUCCGGCACUCCACGGCAGGCGCAGUCGGGGCGGCAUGGUGACAGCAUGGCUGGGCCAGCCGCCAGAUGAGGGGGUGCGCUCUAGCGUCGCCAGGCUGGUGGCUGAUGGCGAAGGUGUCCAGGGCGUCGGUGGCUUCUCCAUGGUGUGCGGAAAGUUGCGCCCCGGAAAGGCGACUGAGGAGGACGACGAUCACGAUGGCCUGGCCAUCCUGAGCAACCGCGCGGGAUCGCUCGACGACGUGCCUAUUGUCAAGUCGCAACACCGCGGAGUAUGGGGCCUGACCAACACGGCCCACGACAAGUCGCACGAAUGGCCCAAGAUCUCGAACGGCCUAGGCCCCUUUGAAGACAUCGUUCGUGCCCACGGGGAGGCCGGUGAUGCCGUGGACGAGGACGACCUGAUCCAGCGGCUGCUCGAUUUCCUGACCACCGACACCCUGGAGGGCUGUGAGGGCAAGACACUCGAGGACAACGUUCAUGACCUCAAGAACAGCAUCUUCAUCCCGCCCCUCGGCGCCGAAAAGCAGCAUCGGGAGAUGGAGGAGGCUCGCGCGGCCGGCGGCGGCGCAGCAAGGGGCACCUUCCUCGCCCACGACAUGCCCACCCCCGAGCGGCCAGACGACGAGGAGCCCGGGAUGUUCUUCGACAAGGGACUGUAUGGAACGCAGAGACAGACGGUCAUUCUCGUUGAUUACGAAGGCAACGUGACCUUUGUCGAGAGGGCUCUGUGGGAUGCCCACGGUCAUCGGUUGGAAAAGGGAGAGGGGGAUGUCACAUUUCGUUUCAAAAUUGAAAAGGAGGAGGAGAAAUGA